AUGUCUCCUUUAGAGGUAGCACGAAGUGCCAGUGAGGAUGCCCGUUCCAUUUGCUUACGGGAGUAUGGCAGCGCUCCUGACAUUAAUAUCUAUGGAGAUCCUGAUUUUACAUUCCCUUACGUACCGGCACAUUUACAUCUGAUGGUAUUUGAGUUGGUUAAGAACUCCUUGCGUGCAGUCCAAGAGCAGUUUAUGGACUUGGACAAAAUUGCACCUCCUGUUCGAAUAAUUGUUGCUGAUGGAUUAGAGGAUGUUACCAUUAAGGCAUGUCACUGCUCAAAACCCCUCGAUGAGCAGGUAGAUGAACUGGGAACAUCUAAUGUGGCAACAAUGGCUGGUUAUGGAUAUGGGAUUCCAAUAAGCCGCUUGUAUGCUCGAUACUUUGGAGGGGAUCUGCAAAUCAUCUCUAUGGAAGGAUAUG